AACCUUUUACAUGCAAUAUUAUACGUACAUACAUGCAUACAUACAUUACAUACGUCGUUCCACGCAAGCAGUGUACAGACAUAAAAAGAAAAUAAUAUCAAAUUAAUUAUUUAUAUAUCGUAAAUCAAAUUUCACGUAGUAUUAUGAAUGUGCAUACUAAAAAAGAAUAAACUUGGUAUUUAGUAUAUACAUAAAACUUUGGUUACGAGUUUACAACAAAUAAAUAUGUUAUCUGCUAUUAUAAAAGAACAUCAAGGCAAGCAAGCAGCAAGAAAAGAAAGACAAGAACAAAAAAGGAAAGAAGCUGUGCAAGCUGCGAGCAAUUUGACACAAGCUUUGGUUGAUCAUUUAAAUGUAGGUGUGGCGCAAGCAUAUUUGAAUCAAAAGAAGUUAGAUGCAGAAGCGAAGCAGUUGCAACACAGUGCAACAAAUUUCGCAAAGCAAACACAAUCUUGGUUAAACUUGGUGGAAGCAUUCUCCAGCGCUCUAAAAGAGAUUGGCGAUGCUGAAAAUUGGGCACGCAGCAUUGAGGGAGAUAUGAGAACUAUAGCAACUGCCUUAGAAUAUUCUUAUAAAGCAACACAAGAAACUCAAGGACCCAGUGCUNUCUUUAUUUGA